AGCUGGCAAUGUAUCUCAUCACCUUCCUGUCACCCUCACAUUCUAUCCAUUUGCUCUUGCUCCACAACUUUUUGCUCCAAAUGCUCUGCCUUCAUUGAGCAGCUCGAAUUUUCUGUCGCUUCUCGUUUUUUAUAGAUGCUCUCGGAGGAACAAUUGGCGACUUUAUAUGACUGUGCAACGACUUCCACACGACUUCCGAACGAUUUUGCCGAUGAUCAAGAGGAUUUGAAGAAUAUUAUACGCUAUGGAGAACUGUUUAAAGCGUGUCAUGCAAUCAAUUCAACGGACUUUAUUCAAAAAUCAGAAGAUCUCAAAGACGAGGAGAAAGUGGCUCUAGAGAGGAUAGUUGAGCAAAAGCUGGCGGAAUCGGCAAAAAAUGAGAAAGAUAUCGCGUGGAAUGUUAAUAUAGUGGUCGCCAACUCGUACGUGGCUAAAAGUCUCCGGCCAGUGAUCAACAUUCAGAUGCCAACCGUCGGCGGCGACACCAAUUUCGAAUUCGACAUCGACUCGUUUGCACAGUUCCGUCAACAACUCGCUCAGGCCGUACUGGCAGUGAAUCCGCAGGAAUAAUAAAUCCACCAUUUUUGUGUACUGUAUAUAAUUACGAGAACAUUCCCGAAUUUUCAAUACUCUUCUUUCAAAAAUAAAAACUAUUAUUGUUUGA